AUGGCUCCAAAAGGGAAGAACAAAGGUGGCGGAGGAAAGAAGAAGGCCAAGGGCAACCAAACUGCGCCAGGUGAACUCUCGACGCAACAAAAGGCCAACAUCACGCAUAAUUUCGAUUACUACAGCAAGAGAGUUGAUGCUAAGCAGCAGUAUUGGAAGAAUAGUGUUGGUACAAAUCAGACUGAUGCAGCUAAUGCAUUCUGGGAGGAGCUCAAGCAGCAGCACGAAGCGUCUCAGCCAUCUCCUCCCGCCGCGCCUGGUACUCCACAGGUAUCCGAUGCUGAAGAUUCGCAGAAAGGUCUCGCGUCGGAUCUAGAGAGUCUGAGCUUGGAUAGAGAAGGAGAUGAUAGCGGUCCAGAGCUAAAAGAGCAAGAUGAGAGCGGUACAGAGCUCGAAGAGCAGGUUAAGGGCGAUGCCACGGGCGAGGGACUUGUCAACAACGAAGACACUUCUCGAGCCAUGGCACCAGCGGCGGGCCCUAUUCUUCAUGCAUCGGACGGCAUAGCACACUUGAUUGACAUCAUGGAUGUUGGACCGAACUUGGACCAGACUCGGAAGGCAAAAGGCGCCAAAUUUCCCAUCCGAACUGACUUCCAGAACACUACCACAAAUGUCUUCACCAACCACUUCGAGGUAACAAUUGAUGAUCACGCCACGUUCCAUGAGUUCCAGGUCGUCGGUAUCCCCGAAGGACGUUCCAAGAGAAUGAACAAGAUGUUCAUGGAUACUGUUAUCGAAAAGUCGCCUGUACUGCAUGGAAACCAAGACUUCUUCGCUACAGACAGCGUGAAGACUAUCAUAGAUCAGGUAAUGGGGAUGGGGAAGGAUGGCACCUCCUCAAUGUGCAAGAUGGCAACGAUGGAGCAGUCGCCCAUCUAUAUCUUCGCCAUGUUCGAGUCGUUGACACUGCAGGGUCUGAAACGUUAUGUCGCGUCUGAGCCGCCCUCUGACGAUUGGAAUCCUAUGGGCUGGAACGAGAGCACUACCAUGGAUGCUCUGAACAUUGUCGUAUCGAAGUGUUUUGGCACAGGAAUUGUUCGAACAGUCGCAAACAAGUUCUUUGUCGAGGCCAGGUUGGAGCCCAUUGGGCACGUCUCCGCUGUGCACCAUCCGGGGCUACUACUUCUCGACACGACCUGCGAGCUCAUGGCGGGAAAAACGAUUUUUGGCCGAGACUACCCAAGCAUGCUCACUGGACUCCGAGUCUACAUUGACUACGAACGAGGCUCAACGAAGGACGGAAAGGCAUCAUCGGUCAACAACGAAGAGUCUCGUAUUAAGAGAAUAUGUGCGCUUGGUCUGCCCUGCAACACCCAGACCUUCUCCCUCAAGAAGCGUGAUGAUGCCGGAAAUGAUCUAACAGAGCAGUCGAUCACCAUCAAGGAUUAUCUCGAGAGCGAGUAUGACAUCAAGCUGGGAAAUCCCGAACUGGAUGCAGUCAACCUUGGAAGCCAGCAAAGACCAUCUUGGUUCGCUCCUGAGAAACUGGUCAUCAUGCCGUAUCAGGUCUACCGACGUGCAGUCCCUAGCAGACUGACAUCAGAUAUGCUCAGAAUCGCAUGCAACGGCCCACGUCGCAAUCGCGAGCUGAUAGAAGGAGAAGGUAUGAGCAAGUUGCUCCUACAACCAGGAGCAGCCAUCGCUGGACGUCGUGACCUACCUCUCACGAUUAGCAAGAGCAUGCUGAAGGUCGAUUGUUCACAACUCCCGUACCCGAAGAUCCGCUACGGAGACCAAUCCUACAACAUCAAACCGGCCGAUGCGAAGUGGAACUUGGGCGACAAACAAUUCCUGAGUACUAAAAACCACGAGCGCACUGUCUCAUACACAGUUUUGCACGAAAGAAGCGUCGAUGCCACUCACAUUGAUCAGAUUCGGCAGAACUUCGAAGUACAGCUCACGAAGUUGAAAGUGGGCAACGCCACGCACUUGGGUACACAUCAGCUGUCGACAAAUGUGAAAGGCCUGCAAUCCGGGCUUCGGAAAGCUCAACAACAGAAGGUUGACCUGGUCAUACUGGUGCUCAGGUCGAAGGACCAGGAGGUCUACUCGAAUUUCAAAUAUCUGGCCGACCGUGUGUUUGGAAUUCCCAGUAUCGUCAUGGUAACGGCAAGUAAUUUCAGAGGAGGAGCGUGGAACGUUACUGGAUUGGACCAGUACAUUGGAAACAUCAUGAUGAAAGCUAAUCUCAAGUUGGGCGGCAUCAACCACUCUGCGGAGUCUGACAGAGGGAACAUAAAGAAUCAUCUGGAAAACACUUUGGUACUAGGCUCAGAUGUGACCCACCCGUCGAACGGCAGUCUUUUUGGAUGUCCUUCUGUGGCGGCCCUUGUUGGUUCCGUGGACAACACUGGCGGUUGUUUCCUAGGGUCGUUGAGGUUGCAGGAUCAAGGCAGCAAAGAGCACCAGAUGAUUGAUGACUUGAAGUCCAUGGUCGUUGACCGGCUCUGGGACUGGUUCUCCCUCAACAAGCGCAAGCAUCCCAAAAACAUUCUCUACUACCGCGAUGGUGUAGGAGACUCACAGUUCGAAGAAGUUAGGAACAAGGAGCUUGUAGACAUUCGCGAUGGAUAUGAUCAGUUCGUCAAGGAGGUGCGAAAAGCAUCAUUUGGACGUGAUAUCGAGGACCCACCGCCUCUAAAGUUGACUGCAGUUGUGUGCACCAAGAGACAUCACACGCGCUUCUACCCUAACAAGCCAGCCGAUAUGCAGACCAACGCUCAAAACAACUGCAAGGCAGGGACGUUGGUAGAACAAUCUGUUACCAACCCAUACUUCACCGACUUCUACCUGCAAUCGCACAACGGCAUCAAAGGCACAGCUAAGCCAGCGCAUUACUUCGUUCUGGUCAACGAGAUGGAAAUCGGAGUCUCAGAUCUGCAGCAUCUGACUUACAACCUCUGCCUCUCCUACGUCCGCGCAACAAUGGGCGUCUCCUACGCAGCUCCCGCAUAUUAUGCAGACAGGCUGUGCGAAAGGGCCCGCUGCUACUUGCGCGACUUCUUCGUGCCUCAGCAAUCCAUGCGCGAGGAAGUUGAGGCUCAGCGUCGUCAAUUCGAGAAGUCGAAGGGUAUUCGGCCACCAAAAGACAUGGAUAACAUGAGCUUUUCGCAAAAGGAGCAAGAGAGAGCCAGAGUGAAGCAAGUCAAGGAGGAAAUUGACGGGAUUUUGAGGAAAAUGAAGAGGACCAGCGCGCAGAGUAGGUUGGACGCAAGAAGUCAGGAGCAAGAUUAUUGCGAGGAGAAGUGUGAGGCGCUGCGGAAGACGAUGUACUGGAUGUGA